UACAAUUCGUUUGUAUACAUCUCUUCCAGUAUGCUGAUUUACGGCAAGGCUUGCAUUCCCUUACGGCUCUCAGAAAAAGGAUGCGAUCAGUGGAAUAUUGCGCCUUUAAAAAAGAUGUGGGGCAAGCUAAUAGAGGCUGCAUGUGAACCAUCAGACUGGAACUGCCUUCUUGAAGCAAAGUGCGACGCCCCAACAAUAUCCGACGCGAACACUGAUUGCUACAAAACAUAUAACCAGGAACACGGCGUCGAUACUCGAAAGCCUAGUGACCCACUUGAACCAAGUGGGGAUGUGGAACUACUCUGCUGUAUGUUAAAAUACAACAAGUAUUGCGUUCCGAAACUCCUAGAAGAAAAAGGGUGCCACCCCGACACUGUUCUACAUUCUGGUACGGCGAUAGAGACUAGAAUGAAAACAACCUGUCCAUCGUCCAAACCGAAGUGCGUCCCUCCACCACAGUGCAAUGAUAAAACCUUAUCAGACGCCAGGCUCAUUUGCGAGCAAAGAUAUAAAGAAGCACACGAACCAACAGGCCCGAAACGUCGUGCAGACCUACAACCUAGAGAUCUGAGCCGGGAAGAGAUGCACAAAGAACAUUGCUGUGUAAUGGAAUACAGCAGGGAUUGCGUUCUGGGAUAUCUAAAAGAACACGGAUGCAGUGAUCCAGAUUUUCUUGAGAUUUUUCUCGAGAAUAUACGGACCGAAUGUGGAGCAUCCAAGUGGAACUGUACAGAGUGCAAAAGAGAAGAUAUGGUUGAGAGAUUUUCUGAGGCCGACGCUGAGUGCGAUGCGAGGUACAGACAAGAACAUGGUCUCACUACCGGAAAACCCACAGAUUUGGUUCCCGAUACGACCAGAUGUUGUAUGUUGCUUUACGGCAAGGACUGCGUUCCCCUUCGACUCGUAGAAAAAGGAUGCGAUGCUUGGAUUCUCGCAAGUUCCGAAGAAAUGUGGAGCAAGCGAAUAUUGGCUGCAUGUGACCCAUCGACCUCGAAGUGCUUGCAGUGCAAUCAAAAAACUAUAUCCGAUGCCGAAGAUGUGUGCUUAAGGAAGUACGAACAGGAACAUGGCAUUAUUUCUAGAGGCCUGAGGUCCGGCAAUGACAAACGACUGUGCUGGUCGGCAGAACCGGCGGCGGCGGCGCGCCGUUUCAAGCGACCGGACGAUGGCGGCGAGCACAAGUUUACCGUGGCGGCUCGGCGCACAUCAGGGGGGUCGGACUCGCUCAAAAAAGUGUGA